AAAAGGGAAGGUGAUUAUUGGGGUGUCUGAGCUCCCCCCAUGGCAGCUGCAGAAGAGGAACAUCCCUUGAGGAACGAGCUGGUCAUGAGUGAGGACGAGGAGGAGAAGGAGGCAGACAAUGAAGAAGCAACAAAGAAGCACCAUCAGCUUGUGGAUUCACUCACUGCCUUGGCUGGAGCGAAGCGAUGGAGGGCAGUUGAACGCGCUGAGGCGAGCAGACAGAUAUCGGAAUUUGAUCUUUGUGGUGGAGGUGCUAGAGAAAAAGUUCUCCUCUCAGAACUGUUGCAAUCAGCUUCCAGCUCACCAGCUCUGGGUUCCAUUCAAAAGCAGCUGAAGAAAGCCCAGCACAAAAAAACCAUCCAGCUCCCACUGAGCAAGGAGGAGAAUGAGCGGGUGGUGAGGGAAGCUGCCUACACUCAGACAUCUCAAGCCCUGGCUAAGUGGCAUCCAGUGGUGCAGCAAAACAGACGUGCUGAGCAGCUAGUCUUCCCAUUGCAACAAGAGAGUGUGAAUGUCACGGCCAUUGAAGAAGUGAUAAAUGGAUGGCAGGCACAAACACCCCUGGAGCAAGAAAUCUUUAAUAUUCUACACAAAGGAAAGCAGCCAGUGAAGGACCCACUCCUGACGCCACAGGAGAAGUCCUCACUGCAGGCCAUGAGUCUGGAGGAGGCACAGUUGCGACGUAUGCAGCACCAGAGGGCUCGAGUCCUGCAGUCCUACUACAAGGCUAAGGCACAACGUCAGCGGAAGAUCAAGAGCAAAAGGUAUCACAGAAUGCUUAGGAAGAUCAGGAAACGCAAGGUGCUGAAAGAAUUCGAAAUGUUGCGGAAAAGUAACCCUGAGGCAGCUCUAGAAGAGCUAGCUAAAAUUGAGAAAGUGCGUAUUGAGGAGAGGAUGAGCCUGAAACACCAGAACAAGGGCAAGUUGGCCAAAUCUACAGUCCUCAUGGCAAAGUACAACCUAGAGGCUAGGCAAGCCAUGCAGGAGCAGCUGGCCCAGAACAAAGAACUGACCCAGAAAGUACGCCCAGCAUCUGAUAGUGAGGAAGGUGGCAACGACACUGAUGCAGAGGGGGAUCUCGUGCCAAGUGUUGUCAAUGAGAGGCCUGCUGGGCUGGAUCCAGACAACCCCUGGAUGUUAGGAUGGCUCCACACGGAGCCCAAGGAGGACCUUCCAGCUGCACCAGAAGACAGUGAAGAGAGUGACGAAGAGAAGGGGCCACCUGCAACCAAGGAGGAAACUUUGCUGCAAGGCUUCGUUGCAGGUCUUAACGGUGAGGAAGCAAUGCCCAAGAUGACGGACGUGCUUUUACCAGCACCUCCAAGUCAUGUGCCAGAGGGGCCACUCCUGAGUGAGAAGCUGGAAUGGCUUCAUACCUUAGAGGAUAUGGAGGCCAUGGAGCCAGAGGAAGUCCCACGGGAAAACAGAAUGCCGGAAGUCAACGGUGCUGAACUUCAGCAGCCUCUGGAAGCUGAGUCAUCGCUACAGCCCAAGGAUAGCAAGACCCAGACCUCCAAUAAGACAGCCAAGCACAAGGCUCUGAUUGAUCUGAAGGCAGUGCUGGCUCAACCACUUCGUCCCAUGCAGUGUCCGUUUUUGCCUUCUGCUGUACAGGAUGAGCUAGAGAUGGGCAAAGACCAGCGACAGGUGAUCUGGGAGGCCUUUGCAAGUGACAACGUUGUUGCCAACUUUAUGAAAGAAAAGCGUCGGGCAGAGCAAAACAGCAAACCGAAAGUUAUCAAUCUGGUGCUUCCAGGAUGGGGCGAGUGGGGAGGUGCAGGACUACGGCCGAGUAAGAUGAAGAAGAGACGGUUCCUUAUCAAACCAGCAGCUGGGUCCCCAAGGAAAAACAGGCACCUGCCCAAUGUUAUCCUGAGUGAACAGCGCAAUAUUUUAGCAGGGGUGCAUCAGGUGAACCAGCUGCCCUUCCCCUUUGAGAACAGCAAGCAAUUUGAACGCAGCAUCCAAGCACCCAUGGGCCCCACUUGGAACACCCAGCGUGCUUUUCAGCGUCUGACAGCUCCUCACAUUGUCACCCAGCCUGGCCACAUCAUCCAGCCCAUCAGUGCUGAGGACAGUGAGCUGCUCUGCAAAGUGGAAAAGGCAAAAGCCAUGGGAAGGGAGCCGGAUUUGGCACUAUCAUGGUCACCCCACAAUCAUCACCCACACCAUGCCUCAAAGAGGAAGGCUCGGCGGAGCUAA